AUGCAUCCAUCUCGACAAUCUCAGCAAUCGCAGUACAAUCCCAAUAUGAUGCAUCAUCAAUCACAACCUUCACCAUCUCCCUUUCAUCAUCAUCAAUCUCAACCUGGUACACCCCAAAACAUGCUUCUUCAUUCACCAUCUCAUUUUCCUCAACAACAAUCGUCGCAAUUUUCACCGUCUGCCUCCGUUCAAUCUGCUUCCCAUCAUCAACUGUUGUUACCUGGUGGUACUAGCUCACCUCAACAUCAGACAUCACCAAAACAAGAGUCAACAGCAUCAACAACAGUAAAAAAAUCGACGAAGAAAAAGAAUAAUAGUGGCGGAUUACAACAACAAAAAUCAGUGCAAUCACAGAUUAAACCUGAGCCAAUGUCAUUCGAUGAACAACGGAUCACUACAGAUGCAGAUGAAAAGCUGCCUGAUGGUAUGUCGGACAAUACACCAAUUCCUGAACAAAAAAUUAGACUUGAUCCUAUACUAUCUGUUCCUCCGCAUGUACUUGAACAAAUUGAUGAAGUUAUUAACAGUGUUGUGCAAGGUGCUGGCAAUAUUCCUCUAUGUCCAUUCAAUGAAAUACUGCCUCCAUCAAAAGCUGCAAAACGUCAGUCAUCGAUGACAGUUCAAGAACAACAACCAUCGACACCUACUGACUGGUAUACAUCUCCAUCUCCUCAACAGCAACAGGCUACAUUUAACAUUGGCACAAAUCAACAUCAAUUUCUUCAACAACAUUCACAACAACAACAACAACAACAGCAACAACGUAUGUUUCCUCAAAAUGUGAAUGAUUUUACGUGCACAAAUGUGAUCAAUGCUACACAGUCCGUCGGAAUGAUGUCGAAUCCAACAGAAAAUGUCGUAGCUGAAAGAAUAACGUCAAUAUUAUCGCAUGAACAACAGCAGCAGAAGAAUACAAAUUUAAUUUUACAUAAAAAUCAGCUGAAUCAACAAAUUAUAAAUACAAGCACAUCCACAUCAUUAUCUGAUCAGACAUUUUCAUUAGAAGAUUUACUUGAACGCGAUUCAAAAGAUAAAUCAAGAUCGGACUGGAUGGUGGCUGAAGUUCAAGCACAUUGUCGUUCGAAUCAACAACAAUCGCAACAAUAUUCGUCAUUAAAAACUCCAUCUCAAUCAUCGUCCAACUCAAAUUCUUCUUGCUCUCUUUCACAACAACAACAACAACAACCACAAGUAUUAAGUUUAGCCCAUGCGGUUCAUUUACUUCGUCAAGCUAUCACGCAUCCGACAUAUCAGUCAUCUCCUCCUCCACAAUUACCAGGUCUUUGCUUACCAGAUACAGAAUGUUUGGAUUCUGAGAAUAUUUUGGAUCAAUUUGAAAAAUAUUCUAAAUGGUUAAAACAACGUCGAGAAAUUAUCACAUUGAGAAUUAAAGCAGAUGAAACAAAUUUAGCUGAUAUUAAGAAAAAACGAAAUAUUCUAACUAAAAAACACAAACAAUCUAUGUUGACAGAUGAAGAAGAACAAGAAAUGCCUCGUUUAGCUCAACAACAAACAGAAUUUUCUCGUACAUUAACAACAAUGAGAAAAGAACGAAAACAAUUUGAUGAAUUAGAGCAAGCAUUUAGUAUUUAUAAACAGAGUCGUUUUAAGCCAUUAUUUGGUAGUAAUAGUAAUAAAUCAUCACCAAAUGAAUCAACUGAUACGAAUUCUGUUGUUAAAUUAUUAUCUAUUGAUCGUCAAAUGAGUAAUCCAAGUUCAGUAUUUGUUAAACAAGAACAAUUAUCACAACAGUCAUUAUACCAACAACAAUCUCAAUCUCGAUUUUUAAAUGAAUCAAAUGAACAUGAAAAAAAUUCAAGAACACAAGAAUUAUUUUCAAAUGAAGAACCUGAUGAUUAUGACGGUAUGAAUCAUUCACCACAUCAUAAUUUAACUCGUUAUGGUACCGUUAAUCGAGAGCAAAAAAGUUUAGGUUCAUUUCCUGUUUUGCAUGGUACUGGUUCAACGUCCUAUUUUUCAUCGACCACAAUUGCCGCAUCAUCUAGCGACAAAAAACCAUCACAACCACGCAAGAAAAAAUCACCAUUAUCUCAACCCACAUUUAAAAGUCCAAAUAAUCAGCAACAACCGUUAAUCGAUCAUUUAUUAAGUAGUUGCAGUAGUGGUGAGGAUUUUAAAUCUUGUACAACACCUUCACCAUCAAUUUUAAAUGAUUUUCAACCGUGUCUCUCACCAUUACCUCUCCCAAACCUAGAUGAACAUCAAUCAUUAAGUACUACAAUAGAAGAAACAACAAUGGCUCGUACGCCGUUAACUCAAUCAAUGUCUUCGACAAUAAAUGAUUUUUUUAAUCCACCAAGUGAAAAACAAGAAACACUUGAACCAGCUGAAGAAGACAAUAAUAACUUUGAUGACGAGGAGGAUGACACUCGUGAACAGCGAGAGUUACACAAUAAUGAUAAUGUUACUCUCGAGCAAGAAACAACAGAAAAUCUAUUGGAACAUUGA